GAAGAAGAACACAAGAUCGGAUUACAAGAUGGCGGUCUGUGGACGUUAGCGAGGAGGCCUUUAGAGUUGUUGUAUUCUCUCUAUAUUCUACUGUUUGAUAUUAGGCCGCUUGAUUGGUUUAUUCACGGUGUAAACAUAAUAUGUUAAUGAAAUAGUGACAAAUAUAUGUGGUUGCUAUUAUAAGCUUUACGUAAACGUACAUGUUUUAUAACAUGUGGGUGGACACAAAGUUAACAAGUCGAGGGUAGAAAAACACUAGACGGGGUGAGGUGAUAGCUUGUUAGCAACCAGCUAGCCUGCUAGCUCGGACUCGGUUAACCAUGUCGGACACUCGGCGGCGAGUGAAAGUAUAUACGCUGAAUGAAGACCGGCAGUGGGACGAUCGGGGUACCGGACACGUAUCGUCUACCUUUGUUGAACGUCUGAAAGGAGUAUCAUUAUUAGUUCGGGCCGAAUCAGACGGAUCGCUACUAUUGGAGUCGAAGAUAAGCCCGAAUACUGUAUAUCAGAAACAGCAGGACACAUUGAUUGUGUGGUCAGAAGCAGAUAAUUAUGACCUUGCCUUGAGUUUCCAGGAAAAGGCUGGCUGCGAUGAAAUUUGGGAAAAGAUUUGCCAGGUUCAACGCAGGGACCCUGCGCUGGACAUCACCCAGGACCCCAUUGAUGAGUCAGAGGAAGAGCGCUUCGAGGAGAUUGCUGAGACGAGCCACCUGGUGGAGCUCCCUCCUUGCGAGCUAAGCCGACUAGAGGAGAUUGCUGACCUGGUUACGUCUGUCUUGUCUUCACCCAUCCGGAGGGAAAAACUUGCCUUGGCCCUGAUGAGCGAGUGCUACAUUAAGAAACUCCUAGGUCUCUUCAGAGAAUGUGAGGACCUGGACAAUAGGGAGGGUCUACAUCACCUCUAUGAGAUUGUCCGUGGUGUGUUGUUCCUCAAUAAAGCAGCCCUUUUUGAAGUGAUGUUCUCUGAUGACUGUAUCAUGGAUGUGGUGGGCUGCCUUGAGUAUGACCCAGCGCUGGUUCAGCCUAAACGGCACCGGGAAUUCUUGACCAAGACAGCAAAGUUUAAGGAGGUGAUCCCCAUCACAGACUCUGAGCUUCGGCAGAAGAUCCACCAGACCUACCGGGUGCAGUACAUCCAGGACAUCAUCUUGCCCACACCAUCUGUUUUUGAGGAGAACUUCCUGUCCACACUCACCUCCUUCAUCUUCUUCAACAAGGUGGAGAUUGUCAGUAUGUUGCAGGAGGAUGAGAAGUUCCUAACAGAGGUUUUUGCACAGCUUACAGAUGAAGCCACAGAGGACAGUAAAAGGAGAGAGCUUGUGAAUUUUGUCAAGGAAUUCUGUGCUUUUUCACAAACGCUGCAGCCACAAAACAGAGAUGCUUUCUUCAAAACUCUGGCAAAUCUAGGCAUUUUACCUGCUCUUGAAAUAGUCAUGGGAAUGGAUGACAUGCAGGUGAGGGCGGCAGCUACAGACAUCUUCUCCUACCUGGUGGAAUUCAGCCCGUCCAUGGUCAGGGAGUUUGUCAUGCAGGAACCACAGCAGACAGAUGAUGAUGUUCUGCUAAUAAAUGUAGUGAUCAAGCAGAUGAUUUGCGACUCUGACCCAGAGUUGGGAGGGGCUGUCCAGCUGAUGGGUCUGCUCAGGACACUCAUUGACCCUGAGAACAUGCUGGCUUCCACCAACAAAACCGAGAAGACAGAAUUUUUGGGUUUUUUCUACAAGUACUGCAUGCAUGUCUUGACUGCUCCUCUGCUGGCCAACACCGCACAUGAUAAAAACUCAAAAGAUGUGCAGGAGGGUUCAACUAAAAUCAACCCAGUGUGCCCAGACAACUUCCAGACAGCUCAGCUGCUGGCACUGAUCCUGGAGCUUCUGACCUUUUGUGUGGAACAUCACACCUAUCACAUCAAGACCUACAUCAUGAACAAAGACCUGCUCAGGAGAGUGCUGGUGCUCAUGAACUCAAAGCACACCUUCCUAGCUCUUUGUGCCCUACGUUUCAUGCGCAGGAUCAUUGGUCUGAAGGAUGAGUACUACAAUCGCUACAUCAUCAAAGGGAACCUGUUUGAGCCUGUCAUUAAUGCCCUGCUGGACAACGGCACUCGAUACAACCUGCUCAACUCAGCCAUCAUCGAGCUCUUUGAGUUCAUUAAAGUGGAAGACAUCAAAUCUCUUAUCGCUCACAUUGUGGAUAACUUCUACAAAGCACUUGAAUCCAUUGAAUAUGUCCAGACUUUCAAGGGCUUGAAAGGCCGGUAUGAGCAGGAGAAAGACCGGCAGAGUCAGAGGCUCAACAGAUAUCGCAGAGAUGCACGGUCGUUGGAUGAGGAUGAGGAGUUGUGGUUCAAUGACGACGAUGACGAUGAUGACGAUGGAGAGACUGUGGAGAAGAGAAUGGAAGAUGACUUCUCUGACAGCUAUGGCAAGUACAUCGAAGCCAAAAAAGGAGCUGCCAACGGAGCUAAUGGUGCCAACAACAACGGGAAGGUUGCUGCAAUCCCCCCGGCUUCGCCAGCCAUCACUCCGAACAACAGUUCCGCUUCCUCUGUCAAAACAGUUGCUCUUCCUGCUACACCAGUAGUGAAGACUGCUCUGGUUGGUUUGGUGGACUAUCCUGAUGAUGAGGAUGAAGAGGAAGAUGAGGAGGAGGAGGAAGAGCAGUCUCCAAGGAAACGGCCCCGUCUGAGCUCUUAAGACUAAUUGUCCUCUGUUUGGACAUGGUAGACGGACAGAGAGUCCCUCCUAACCUCCUCCUCUGGUUGUCUUCUUGGUCCUUGGCCUGCCCGUGCCACCUUUUGGUCUCACUAAGGGGACAGGCAAAGACGAGCUCCCACCUCGCUCACUCCCCAAUCCCUUCGCCUCUGUUUUUCUCUUGGUGGAAGGAGAUGGAGAACUUUCCUUUUACUCAACAGACGGAUCAGUUUGUUCCUUGAGCCUGUUAAUUUUACCUCUUUGUUUUUACCAACAGCCUUUCUCUUGGAGAUCCUAAAAUCUUUUGUCCUGUUAACCCUUUUGCAAACUCAUCCCUCCUCUUUUAUAACACUUCUGCUCUCCCAGUUCCAACCUCUCUGAACACCUUGUCCUCCAAUCCACCGUUCUCUAUGUACCAACCACAGAGGCUGCAGUGGAAAAUAAGUGCCAAGGCGGGUCCUCCCUCCACUCUGUUGCUAUGUCAACCAUAGCAAGGUAGCUGCGGUACUCCAGCAGCCAUCACACAUCCUCAUGUGAACUUCCAUCCUUCUUGAACAUGAACCAUUGAGCUCCAGGGACAGAGGAAACCAGAACGCAACUAGCCAGUGUAUGAACUGUUGAGCAGGCCAGUCAGGCUAGCAGGACUAGCCGUCAUAGUUAAUAAUAGAAAGCUUGACUGGCACCAUAGAAGAAUUAAACAUAAUGUUCAGAAACAAUUGAGCUGACAAAAUGUACCAGGUUGAAAACUUGGCAAUAGUGAGGCUUAGAUCCAGAGGAGCAGGACUCAGACCUUGAAAAGCCAUGGUGUCAGUUGGGCCAAUGCAUACACACGCGCCGUCACACACACACACACACA